AUGGAGGAAGAUGGAGGAUCUUUGUUAUGGCUAGGUGAUCAUAAUGAAGCCUCGACAGUUGUACGCUUCCUCCACGGUGGAGGUUACAUUGCCCCCCUUUUGAAAGGUCAUCUGAACUGGUGCCGUGACGUGUUUCUGGCAGCCGGAGCCGAGACAGGGACAAAAGUUGCCGUCGCCGUUCUUGAAUAUACCCUCUGUCCUGAAGCAAGGUUUCCGACGCAGCUACGGCAAGCAAUAGGCGCUGUUAACACCCUAUUAUCAUCUGGAUUUCCUCCAGAGAAGAUUUUGCUCGGUGGAGACUCGGCAGGUGGCAUUUCGGCAGCUCAACUUCUUUGCCAAAUAGCUAGACCGAAUGCGCUGCUGCCUCCUAUCCAGACAUCACGACCUUUACAAGCCGCUUUCAUGGUUUCGCCUUGGCUCUCAAGACAUACUAAUGACUACUCAUAUCAAUUUAACGAGCGCAUCGAGAUACUGUCCUCGCAUACCGUGAAGAAAUCCGUCGCAUAUCUCAUGGGGGACAACCAUAACAGCUGUUCCAUGUGCGACCUUGGCAAGCUUGCAUUCCCUAUCGAUUCAGGUACAGCUUGCUUUCAGGGGCUUGAUACAGCAGUACGGCAUCUGUACAUCACCGCUGGAGAGCAAGAAGUGAUGAAAGAUCAAAUCGUUGCAUUUACGGAAGGCGUCAUAAAGUUUAAUCCCAAAAUUAAUGUCGAAUUUAUCUUACAGAAAGAGCAAGCGCACUACUUCAUUCUCAUAGAGGGACAGCAAGGAGUCCCAGGUAUAUGUACGGAAGGCAUGAAGGCUUGGAAUGCAAAGCUCUCUGACCCGACUGAUCCUACGCUCUCUCUGCAAGGGGUUGGGUGGAUGACCCAGAAACUCAUCAGAGCUGCCACUAUCACGCUCCAGAUUACGCAAUACUCGCUUCCUGCUGAAGUAUUCCAUGGAGCAGAAGCUGACGAGAACGUGGUUCAUAUAAACAUUGAACAAACUCUCACGAAGAAUCUGAAAGGAACGACAGAGAAACGGUGUUUGACCAAUGAGUGGCAUGAGCACUCGGAUUGGCUCUUUGGAAAAGUGCGAGGAAAAGCCAAGCGGGCUUCGUACGAAGAGCUGGGUGGUGAUGACCUCAAAGCUGGUUGA